AUGGACGACUAUACUCCACUGAGCCGCCAAAAGGUAAGAGUCGUGUCUAAGAAAUGUCCUGUGUUAGCUACAUGAAAUCAUGAACUGCAGAACUAUGCAGUCUAAUGCAAAGUUGAUCUGAAUUAACAUAUUUUGAUGUGAGUAAGAUCUUACUCAUAAAGAUUGGUCUAAGCAUCAAGCUAGGUUACCCAGGUUGCCCUGACUCGAUCUGCCAACCUAGAUGGGCUCUAUUAACCAACACUGGCUGGAUCAUCAUAAUGCUAUCAUUCACUUUUGAUUGGCAGAUGGUAAAGGGAAGGAAUCAGAUGGCAGUGGAGGCCGUGGAGGUGGCGGGAAAAGAGGAGCAGGAAAAGAUUGGUGGAGCCGCAUGCAGAAGGUAUGUGAUGUGAAUGGUCUCUCUUACAAUAUUACUCCCUAUUCCAGUGGUUCCUAACCAGAGGUACUUGAGAAGACUCAUGAGACCAUAGGCUUACUGGUAAAAUGCACUUGAGGGUAUACUCCGGGCAGAGCAAAAGUCAGUUGGUGGUACAGUAACGGAAAAAUGUUGGGAACCACUGCCCUAUUCUGAGGGAUGUUUACAUAUGUGUGUGACUUUCUGUGGCACUGAAUGCAGAUACCGCAACAUGAUGCAAAUUAUUUUAUUUUUCUCCCAUGUUGACCCUUUCCUCUGCCUUACUAGGGAGACAUCCCAUGGGAUGAGAAGGAGUUCCGCGCCCUGGCAGUGUUGGUAGCUGGGAUAUCCUCUGCCACACUCUACUAUCAGUUCAGGGACACAGGCAAGGAGAUCACCUGGAAGGACUUUGUCCAUCGCUACCUUGGCAGAGGAAUGGUGAGAACAAAAUACAACAAUUCAGUGAGGAUAAUGUACACUGCUCAAAAAAAUAAAGGGAACACUAAAAUAACACAUCCUAGAUCUGAAUGAAUUAAAUAAUCUUAUUAAAUACUUUUUUCUUUACAUAGUUGAAUGUGCUGACAACAAAAUCACACAAGAAUUAUCAAUGGAAAUCAAAUUUAUCAACCCAUGGAGGUCUGGAUUUGGAGUCACCCUCAAAAUUAAAGUGGAAAACCACACUACAGGCUGAUCCAACUUUGAUGUAAUGUCCUUUAAACAAGUCAAAAUGAGGCUCAGUAGUGUGUGUGGCCUCCACGUGCCUGUAUGACCUCCCUACAACGGCUGGGCAUGCUCCUGAUGAGGUGGCGGAUGGUCUCCUGAGGGAUCUCCUCCCAGACCUGGACUAAAGCACCCGCCAACCACUGGACAGUCUGUGGUGCAACGUGGCGUUGGUGGAUGGAGCGAGACAUGAUGUCCCAGAUGUGCUCAAUUGGAUUCAGGUCUGGGGAACAGGUGGGCCAGUCCAUAGCAUCAAUGCCUUCGUCUUGCAGGAACUGCUGACACACUCCAGCCACAUGAGGUCUAGCAUUGUCUUGCAUUACGAGGAACCCAGGGCCAACCGCACCAGCAUAUGGUCUCACAAGGGGUCUGAGGAUCUCAUCUCGGUACCUAAUGGCAGUCAGGCUACCUCUGGCGAGCACAUGGAGGGCUGUGCGGCCCCUCAAAGAAAUGCCACCCCACACCAUGACUGACCCACCGCCAAAUCGGUCAUGCUGGAGGAUGUUGCAGGCAGCAGAACGUUCUCCACGGCAUCUCCAGACUCUGUCACGUCUGUCACAUGUGCUCAGUGUGAACCUGCUUUCAUCUGGGAAGAUCACAGGCGCCCAGAAUGGCGAAUUUGCCCAUCUUGGUGUUCUCUGGCACAUGCAAACGUCCUGCACGGUGUUGGGCUGUAAGCACACCUGUGACUCGGGCCCUCUACACCCUAGGAGUCGUUUCGACCACACUUUGAUCCGCUGAGGUCAUUUGCAGGGCUCGGGUGCUCCUCGUCCUCCUGCACAAGGCAGUACAGUCCUGCUGGGUGUGUCCCCUACGGCUCCUUUUCUGACCUGUCUCCUUGAGCCUCCAUGCUUGGACACACGUGAAGAGCUUGCCACAUCGCUAUGUACCGGUGAGCCACUUGGUGUGUGGGUUGUAGACUCCGUCUCAUGCUACCACUAGAGUGAAAGCACCCCAGCAUUCAAAGUAACCAAACAAUCAGCCAGGAAGCAUAGGAACUGAGAAAGUGUCUGUGGUCACCACCUGCAAACCCAGCUCUUAUUGGGGAGUGUCUUGCUAAGUUGCCUAUAAUUUCUCACCUGGUUUGUCUAUUCCAUUUGCACAACAGCAUGUGAAAUGUAUUGUCAAUCAGUGUUGCUUCCUAAGUGGACAGUUUGAUUUCACAGAAGUGUGAUUGACUUGGAGUUACAUUGUGUUGUUUAAGUGUUCCCUUUAUUUUUUUGAGCAGUGUAUAUGGAAAUACAUGCUGAUUAUUAAUACAAUUGUAAUGCCAAGGUGAUGUGAUUGCUCAGUUACAGAACUUAUUUUUUAGUUUCCAUUGAUUUGUCAUAGUUUUUUCUUGUUGCAACUAGACCUUCCUAAGCAGUCUGUUCUCUUCACAGGUUGACCGUUUAGAGGUUGUCAACAAACAGUAUGUGAGAGUCAUUCUAGUACCGGGAGCAGAGGCUGAUGCGGUAGGUGAAAACAGACCAUUCUCUGGAACUGAAUCAAUGACAAACUUUAGAUGAUAGCAUGAUGACUCACUUGAUAAAUAGAGAUUCACUCAGGAUGAAUGUUUUGUGGAUAUAUUGGAAGCUGUAGUCUUAUUGAAGGGGUUGACAUUAUUGACGUGUAUUGGUGGUCUUUCCCCAGAGCUAUGUGUGGUUUAACAUCGGUAGUGUGGACACCUUCGAGAGGAACUUGGAGGCGGCUCACCAUGAGCUGGGCGUGGAGUCCUCUCAUAGGGCAGCUGUCGUGUACAGCUCAGAAAGUGACGGGUGAGUUAAUACACACACACAAGCGCUGCAUGAUUAAUCACAUUUUAAUAAAAAUUGCGAUAUUGACAUAAAUAAUAUAAUAAUAUGCCAUUUAGCAGACGCUUUUAUCCAAAGCGAUUUACAGUCAUGCGUGCAUACAUUUUUAUCCAUAUCGCUGCGAUAUUUUGAAACACCACUUAGCCGUCUGUAACACCUUUUAUUUUUAUUUUAUUUUUUUACUUUUGAUUUAUUGCUCGAGUUGGAGUUCUCUAUCUGUCUCUCCUCUUUUGACCGCUUCCCAAUCCCACACACACCAAGCCCCGUCCCCUGUCACUCAACUGGCAGUUCCUCGUGCUCGAGAUUCACUCUGCAUGCAUUGACCAAACACCAUGCAGUGACAGCUUUCCACUUUGCUUCUUUAAAGAAAUGCUCCAGAACUUUGGUGACUAGUAAGUCUUUUUCUAACCUCCCGCUUUGGGCUGGAUGUGUUAAUGUGUAGUUCAUACAUGCGUAAUAUAUGAGUAGAAUUGCAGUCUUACCUCAAUUAGCCACAAAAUCCCAAGUUUGAAAGCGACUGUUUUCUGAAAGAUGUGCGGCGCCAUUUCCCCUACAUUUUCCCCCAUGUGGGCCAGCCCCCUAGCAAUUUGAGUUUCAGCCAAUGAGCUUCAGCCCCUCGCCAUUUGAGUGACAGCUAGCAAGAUGCACACACAGCAGAGCAAUGACGUGGCGCACAUAUCUGCACAUACAGUAUGUGAUGUAAUACCCCAUUUUUGGGGACCACUUUUGGCUCAUGAAUGCUACACUGAACAAAAAUAUAAAUGCAACAUGUAAAUUGUUGGUCCCCAAACAUGAGCUGAUAUAAAAAAUCCCAUAAAUGUUCCAUAUGCACAAAAAGCUUAUUUCUCAAACUGUAUGCACCAUUUUUUAAAUAUCCCUGUUAGUGAGCAUUUCUCCUUUGCCAAUAUAAUCCAUCCAUCUGACAGGUGUGGCAUAUCAAGAAGCUGAUUAAACGGCAUGAUCAUUACACAGGUGCACCUUGUGCUGGAGACAAUAAAAGGCCACUUUAAAAUGUGCAGUUUUGUCAUACAACACCAUGCCACAGAUGUCUCUAGUUUUGAGGGUGCGUGCAAUUUGUAUGCUGACUGCAGAGAAUGUUGCCAGAGAAUUUAAUAUUAAUUUGUCUACCAUAACCACAGACCAUGUGUAACGCCAGCCCAAGACCUCCACAUCCGGCUUCUUCAACUGUGGGAUCAUCUGUAAUAAAGCCCUUUUGUGAGGAAAAACUCAUUCUGAUUGGCUGGGCCUGGCUCCCAAGUGGGUGGGCCAAUGCCUUCCAAGGCCCAUCCAUGGCUGCACCCCUGCCCAGUCAUGUGAAAUCCAUAGAUGAGGGCCUAAUUAAUUAAUUUAAAUUCACAGAUUUUCUUAUAUGAACUGUAACUCAUAAAAAUCUUUAAAAUUGUUGCAUGUUGCGUUACAUUUUUUGGUUCAGUAUACUUUCAGAACUACUGGCUAAAAAGUGUGCAAAAGUACCGGAGAAUCUCUUUAAUAUAAAUCCAAGUUUUCUAUAUUUUACUAUUCGUUUGUGUAACUUGCUCUCUGCAAAACGCUAAUUAGUUGGUGUUAGCAAGCUGCAAAUGUGCCCAAUUUUCUUUGUGUUAGCCCCUAAUGCUAAUCACUAUAUACAGUAAGGGGAAAAAAGUAUUUGAUCCCCUGCUGAUUUUGUACGUUUGCCCAUUGACAAAGAAAUGAUCAGUCUAUAAUUUUAAUGGUAGGUUUAUUUGAACAGUGAGAGACAGAAUAACAACAACAAAAUCCAGAAAAACGCAUGUUAAAAAUGUUAUAAAUUGAUUUGCAUUUUAAUGAGGGAAAUAAGAAUUUGACCACUCUGCAAAACAUGACUUAGUACUUGGUGGCAAAACCCUUGUUGGCAAUCACAGAGGUCAGACGUUUCUUGUAGUUGGCCACCAGGUUUGCACACAUCUCAGGAAGGAUUUUGUCUCACUCCUCUUUGCAGAUCUUCUCCAAGUCAUUAAGGUUUCGAGGCUGACGUUUGGCAACUCGAACCUUCAGCUCCCUCCACAGAUUUUCUAUGGGAUUAAGGUCUGGAGACUGGCUAGGCCACUCCAGGACCUUAAUGUGCUUCUUCUUGAGCCACUCCUUUGUUGCCUUGGCUGUGUGUUUUGGGUCAUUGUCAUGCUGGAAUACCCAUCCAACACCCAUUUUGAAUGCCCUGGCUGAGGGAAGGAGGUUCUCACCCAAGAUUUGACGGUACAUGGCCCCGUCCAUCGUCCCUUUGAUGCGGUGAAGUUGUCCUGUCCCCUUAGCAGAAAAACACCCCCAAAGCAUAAUGUUUCCACCUCCAUGUUUGACGGUGGGGAUGGUGUUCUUGGGGUCAUAGGCAGCAUUCCUCUUCCUCCAAACACGGCGAGUUGAGUUGAUGCCAAAGAGCUCCAUUUUGGUCUCAUCUGACCACAACACCUUCACCCAGUUCUCCUCUGAAUCAUUCAGAUGUUACUUGGCAAACUUCAGAUGGGCCUGUAUAUGUGCUUUCUUGAGCAGGCGGACCUUGCGGGCGCUGCAGGAUUUCAGUCCUUCACGGCGUAGUGUGUUACCAAUUGUUUUCUUGGUGACUAUGGUCCCAGCUGCCUUGAGAUCUUUGACAAGAUCCUCCCAUGUAGUUCUGGGCUGAUUCCUCACCGUUCUCAUGACCAUUGCAACUCCACGAGGUGAUAUCUUGCAUGGAGCCCCAGGCCGAGGGAGAUUGACAGUUCUUUUGUGUUUCUUCCAUUUGAAAAUAAUCGCACCAACUGUUGUCACCUUCUCACCAAGCUGCUUGGCGAUGGUCUUGUAGCCCAUUCCAGCUUUGUGUAGGUCUACAAUCUUGUCCCUGACAUCCUUGGAGAGCUCUUUGGUCUUGGCCAUGGUGGAGAGUUUGAAAUCUGAUUGAUUGCUUCUGUGGACAGGUGUCUUUUAUACAUGUAACAAACUGAGAUUAGGAGCAUUCCCUUUAAGAGUGUGCUCCUAAUCUCAGCUCGUUACCUGUAUAAAAGACACCUGGGAGCCAGAAAUCUUUCUGAUUGAGAGGGGGUCAAAUACUUAUUUCCCUCAAUAAAAUGCAAAUCAAUUUAUAACAUUUUUGACAUGCGUUUUUCUGGAUUUUUUUGUUGUUAUUCUGUCUCUCACUGUUCAAAUAAACCUACCAUUAAAAUUAUAGACUGAUAAUUUCUUUGUCAGUGGGCAAACGUACAAAAUCAGCAGGGGAUCAAAUACUUUUUUCCCUCACUGUAGCUGUCUAGCUAAAUCCACUGAUAGGGCAAAUCCUGCUAGCAAACGUUUGCUCUAAUACAGGCUGGUACCAGUGGUGGAGUAUAUCAGCAUUGUUUGUGCAACAGUGUGUUCUUAAUCAGAGAGGAAAAGGCAAAGAAUAUUUUAAAAUAUUUUUCUGAAUGUACCCAUCUAUUUCAAUCUAAUUAGGUUUCCAUGAGAAACGCUGACCAACACUUUGGUUCCUACUCUGUCACAACCAUCUCUUCCCUUACUUUUUCAUUUGUUGUCAUUCCAAACAAAACUGCAUAACAAGCUGACGUUUAAACUAUCAUCAUUUUACCUUCUACAGGACAUUAUUGAUGAGCGUGAUCCCCACCCUGCUGUUGAUUGGUUUCCUGCUCUUCACCCUGCGACGGGGACCAAUGGGAGGAGGUGCUGGGGGUGGAAGAGGCGGUCCAUUCAGCAUGAGUGAAUCAACAGCGAAGAUGAUGAAAGACAACAUCAACACCAAGUUCAAGGACGUGGCCGGCUGUGAGGAGGCCAAGCUGGAGAUCAUGGAGUUUGUUAACUUCCUGAAGAACCCCCAGCAGUACCUGGACUUGGGGGCCAAGAUUCCAAAGGUAAGGGAUGGGACAACAGCAGUCAUACUACUCCCCAAUCACCUUUCAUUUUGAUGGGACGACAGCAGUCACACUAGUCCUGAAACACCUUUCAAUGUAACGUCAAGGGAGAAAAUGUGUUUUGAUUUUAGAUGUAGUAUGCUGACAUUUCACAACCCAUCACAAAUGAAUGUCCCUUUAGACUUUCAUAAAUCAGGCACAAUUUCAGGUAUUUUAAAUCUCAUGGAUGUGUGUUGUGCUGUGUGUUCUCAGGGUGCUGUGCUCUCUGGACCUCCAGGCACAGGCAAGACCCUGCUGGCCAAAGCCACAGCAGGAGAAGCCAACGUCCCCUUCAUCACAGUCAACGGCUCUGAGUUCCUGGAGAUGUUUGUGGGUGUUGGGCCUGCCAGGGUGAGUACACAAUAGAGCCAGAGGAAACACUUACAGCUGACUUCAUAACAUCCGUUUCAAAUAAAAUUAUAUGCAUUUUAGAUUAUAGCUGAAAAUAGCUAUAGCUAGCUAACCACAGGGAUACAUUUCAAUCCAUUUUACUGGAAAUACUUUGCUUACUCAGAGGAUGUGAAUGAAGCUGUUUUAGGGACCUAGUAUUGACUGUGUUUUCUCCCUGUAGGUGAGAGACAUGUUUGCCAUGGCCCGGAAGAAUGCUCCCUGUAUCCUGUUCAUAGAUGAGAUAGACGCGGUGGGCCGCAAGAGGGGCGGGGGAAACUUUGGGGGCCAGAGUGAGCAGGAGAACACUCUCAACCAGCUGCUAGUGGAGAUGGAUGGUAAGUAUGGUUAAGAUAUGGGUGAAAUUACAUGGGGAAACUAUCACACUCACUAUCAUAAUGUUUGUUAAUCUCAGAUAUGUGUCCCCUGUUUAUGAAAACUCUUAUGUGACAUUGUUACUCUGUGAUUUCAUUGUUAUAAAGCUGUUAUUGUCCGCCAUUACGCUAAAAUGUUUACUUUAUGAACUUUAAUGCAUAUACUGUAAGAGUAAUUCCCUGGUAUUUUUCUUCUAGGGUUCAAUACCAGCACUAACGUGGUUGUCCUGGCGGGUACCAACAGACCGGACAUCUUGGAUCCUGCACUCAUGAGGCCUGGCAGAUUUGACAGGCAGAUUUACAUAGGUAUGGAAUCUUUAAAUUAAACUGUAGCUCUGGCAACAUAGUGUGCUGUGGUAAUUUCAGUGUUAUGUCAACGUACUGCAUAUUGAUAUUCAUAUUGACAUCUAAUACCAUUCAGUAAGACUUUAUGUAAACCUACAUAAGGAAUUCAUAACACAUUUAUAACCCAUGCAUAACAAUUUCAUAAUCAGCAGACUAUAUGAGCAUUUCAUAAAAUUCAAUACAUGUCCAUGUUUCAGGCCCACCUGACAUCAAAGGCAGGGCGUCCAUCUUCAAAGUGCACUUACGGCCCAUUAAACUGGACCCUGCUAUGGACAAAGACGGAUUGGCCAGGAAGAUGGCUGCCGCCACACCAGGCUUCACUGGCAAGUUGAGCUGCUCUGUGUGAGAAGAUGCCAUGUUGAUUAUCUUGAUGUCUUAUAUUUUUAAACAUCUUCUCUGUCUUCACCAGGAGCCGACAUAGCUAAUGUGUGCAACGAGGCUGCCCUAAUCGCUGCUAGACACCUCAAUCCACAUGUGGAAGGAAAACACUUUGAGCAGGCCAUUGACAGGGUCAUCGGAGGUGGGUACAAUGUCUUCCAGCACCUUCUCUUAUUGUGUGGUCUCUGCUUUGUAAAUGUUACAUAUUUAGGAGGAUGGGGUGGGGCUUCGAUGGGAACAACAGUAGUAUAUCUUCACCAUUAUUUAUUUCUCUCUCCUCUUGCUCGCUCUCUCUCUCUCUCUCUCUCUCUCUGUAGGUCUUGAGAAGAAGACCCAGGUGCUGCAGCCCAAUGAGAAGAAGACUGUAGCGUACCAUGAGGCUGGGCAUGCAAUAGUGGGCUGGUUCCUGCAACAUGCUGACCCACUGCUGAAGGUAAUGCCCUCUUUAAAGGCGUUGCUUUGUUUAUCUAUUUAUUUGGUCGGGGGCUGCCAAACAAAUAAAUAUUAUUACUAUUUAAAAAAAAAAAAACGUUUUUUUAUGAGUACUGUAUACUAUAAACAACUCAUCAGCACCCUCCACUAGUGUAUGUUGUUGUGAUUAGAGGCCAGCUGUUUGGCCUCUGACCUACACAAUGAACAAUUGGAAUCAAUAAAAGGAGACCUGUUAGACUUCUUAGAAGUCAUUAUACUGUACAACCAUGAGUCUGAAGAGCUAACUAGAUCCCCAUGACGGGUAGCAGUCUGCAGUGGCCUCUUUGUGUGGACGUUGAGGCUUGCGUCAUUUCAUGAGGUGCUUAAUGGCCCAAUUCAAUCAAACGUACACUCGAAGGUUGAUAAAUCACAUUUUGUAGGUUCGACUUCAAUGUUUUCUCUCUGCAGUGAGGGCCUCUCACAGAGUGAGUUUUAUGGAAGCCCAGCCACAGUGUUGGGCUAUGAUUUGAUGUGAUUUAUUUAAAACACAAUUCAACCACACAUGUGGAUACAAUGAGAUUAGAAGGUGUCAUGAAUAAACAUGGAAUUUUUUAAUUGUGUUUUCCAGGCCUGGAACGUUUUGGAAAAUGAUCAAACCUGAAAAGUGUAGCAAAAGUAAUGGAAAUGUAUUUGUAUUUAAUUAUUUCUCUUAAUGUAAUUUAUUUACGUACUGUUUUAUAAUAUUUUAUUAAUCAAAUAAAUAAAAGUCAACAUAUCAGCCAGGAUCCGAAUUACACUUUAAUGCAUCCAGGCCUGGAACGUUUUGGAAAAUGCGCGCAUCACCCAUAGAUAUUAAAACUAGAGCAUCACAUGCAUGUGUGCGAUACGAGUGGGCCGUUGUUCAAGGUUUUGAUUUGAUUUAUUAGGAUUCCCAUUUGCACGCCAAUGGUGACAACUGGUCUUACUGGGGUCUGACACCAGGGUUUCUGUUAGGAAAAUGUGGUGCCUGUAAUUUACCGGAUAUUUAAGAAAUGUACCGGAUCCAUAUGCAUUGGUUGCGCAACCUGAUUAGGGCGUCCACCCACAUUGCUCAGAAUGCCAGAAAUCACAUUUAGUUUAUGGUAAUUAACCUUAACAGAACAUGCAACUCCGAUUCAACGGUGUGCAUCAUUCAUACCGAAUUCCGAUGUUAGAAUACAUAGGCGGCACGUGCAUAAGGCUAGGGGAGGCUUUCCCUAAAGUCAAUUGAAUUAAAUUGCCAAAAUUAUAAAGCCUAAAUAACUUACUCCUGUCUAUACAGAAAUAAAUAAAAUUAUAAAAAAAUAGGGUACUACACUAGAAAGCAUGAUUUGGCCACAGAGGAUCAUUAGCUUCUUAAAUCUUAAAUCGCAUAGCCUACAGUCGGAAAGGGGCCGCAAUUUGGGCAGAGGGAGCAGCAAAUACCGACUAGAUUAUUGUUGCGUUCCGACUGUCCAUGUAAAGCAGAGAGACCCAGCCAGGCAUAUUGCAAUAUUAAAAAUACAAUCACGGGAAAAACUGUUUGGAAAAUAAAAUGGCUAUUGCUGUAAAUAGAAGACAAUGAAAAGACUCCAAUCUGUCUUUUAAUUAUCAAAAUUUUCAACUUAAUUGAGCGAAAAGUAGCCUAUUUUAUUGGCACCAGCGGAGAACAUCGGCCAUAUCCCUAGUGAGUGUGCAUAUUCACUGUCUUUAUCAUUGGGUCAGUGCCACUUUUGUUUGUUUUUGGACAAUAAUUUCUUCCUCCAGGUUAGAUGGACGUCAUAUUGCAUUUGUCUCCUCUUUUCUUAGGCCCAGAGUAGGCUAGCCUGUAAUUUUUAUUAUAUUAAAAAAGAUUCUGCUAAUGUCUCCAGUCAUAAAAUGUAGUAGAAUUGCUUGAAAUGUGUUUAUGAAAGGCCAACAUUUUCCUGUGAUACAGCCUAGGCCUACUCUAUGCCACUAUUUUUUUUGCGAACAGUGAUUGAGUUAUAUUAUUAGCCUAAAUUAUGACUAUCUAAUCAUCACAUUAGGAAUAAUAGACUAUCUUACAUAAGUCUGCAAAUGUGAGGAUGCAUGGAAUGCUUUAUUAUAAAUGGGCAUUUAUUAGCUUCCCCAAACUUGAAACCCACUCACCACCUAUGUUAGAAUAACUGUCCACAUUUACUUUUCCUCAACCAACAAACGAGUAACAAACAUCAAAAUCACUAGCCUAUGUCAAUCUACUAUCCCCCAUAGUAGAAAAGUUUACAUAUCCCAUGCUUGUCGUUCUGUGCUGGAAUGAAAUAGCCUAUUCCAAACAGACUCUGGGACAGUUUCGGAUAAUAGAUCCCAAAUUCAUACAACCAGAAGGCCUAUGGGCUAAAUGCAGACAACAUUACAAAUCAAUCAGGCUUAUGCAACAGAUCAGAUAGCUUAAAAUAAUGAUAAACUAUUAUUUCGUCACAUUAUAAGUUCAGCAAUGCGCACAAGGCAGUAGGUAACACGGGAAUGUUUGUUCCAUAAUGCAACUAGUGGGAAAACACCAUUGUGAGUUGUUUCAUGUGACCGAGAUGAAAAUAUCAGUUGGAAAUGUAGAAAGAGGGAAUAUCUAAAUAUGCAACAACUAGCAUGGGUAUGACUAGGUUUGUGCCAUUGGCUACUGGAAAAUGAAAGAAAGUUGAUUUGAAAACCAAUAGAAUAUGAGAGAAAAAGGCUAUUACUUGUUUCAAUGGCAUAUGGAAGUCUUUAUAAAAUGAAAUGAUUGCCUGCAGGUUUGGUUGGAUUUUGGCUAGGCUACUUUGAAGCAAGGUAAGAUGCCUCAUAAUAUGUAGUAAAACGUUCAGGUUUCAAACACUUAAGCAUAUGUCUCCAGCUCAUUGCAAAGUGGUGUGUGACGCGCUGAAGCCUGCGCUAGUUGCCUAUGCACUUGAAUGGCGAAUGGGAAGCGUGUUUCAAUUUACCAGUUAAGAAAAUAAAUAGUAGCUCUUUUUAAUCGUGGCCAUUGUUGUUUUUUUUUUUUUUUUUAUUUUUAUUUUUUUUAUUUUGUUACAUGUGAUUGCCUUUAGAAUUGUUGUGCAAUGAUUGGGCUUAUUAAAGCACACAUUUCACUCCAGCAUCGACAAACAGCUGUUUGAGCUGUAUCAGCAGCUCUCACGCUACAUCGACUGGUAUUUCAAUCAAUGAAUAGGUUCAAAUGCAUUGUUUCGCUAUGCUAUUUAUUUUUGCUCUCGGACAAUUGACCAUCUCCAAUUGUAUUUAUCGGCUUUUCAUAAUAUAUUUUUUAAUGAAAGCCAGCUAUUACCGGCUAACGGAAAUACUGUCCGACACAUGACGAAAAAGACAUUACAGACAAAAUACUUGACAAUUUACAUACAUUUAAAAACAUUGACAUGUAGUGUGUGUGCAUCUAUCAGUUUACACAUACAGUACAUGACAGUAGGGAGAGACAAAGAGGGAGAGACAGUUGGACAUUGCAGCAGCAGGUAUGCCUAUAAAAUAGGAUAAAGAACAGACUAAUAACAACGUAGCCAAUUCAAAAGAUAUCUUGUACCCGCUAGUUAACUGUCUUAAUGUUUUCGUCAUGUCAUUCCCCAACAAAACCUUCCACUGACACUCGCAAAUAAGGCCAUACAAGUUGAUUUACUUUUUGGAAAGAUUCAUAUGAUUCUUUUAAGUGAUUCUUUUUGAUGAAACAAAUGAUUCACUUCACCAUUGUAUUAGUUCGGAUUCUGUUAAAUCGCAGUGAAUCGAAUCAUGUGAAUCAAAAAAGUGAUUUGUGAAUUGGAACAGUAAUUUUAGGAAGAAAGAUUAGAUGUAGCAUUUAUUUUUGAUUAUGUGGCUUCAACUUGAUUUGCAGAUACAGUGAGGGAAAAAAAUAUUUGAUCCUCUGCUGAUUUUGUACGUUUGCCCACUGACAAAGAAAUGAUCAGUCUAUAAUUUUAAUGGUAGGUUUAUUUGAACUGUGAGAGGCAGAAUAACAACAAAAUUCAGAAAAAUGUAUGUCAAAAAUGUUAUAAAUUGAUUUGCAAUUUAAUGAGGGAAAUAAGUAUUUGACCCCCUCUCAAUCAGAAAGAUUUCUGACUCCCAGGUGUCUUUUAUACAGGUAACGAGCUGAGAUUAGGAGCACAGUUUAUUACCUGUAUAAAAGACACACCUGUCCACAGAAGCAAUCAAUCAGAUUCCAAACUCUCCACCAUGGCCAAGACCAAAGAGCUCUCCAAGGAUGUCAGGGACAAGAUUGUAGACCUACACAAGGCUGGAAUGGGCUACAAGACCAUCGCCAAGCAGCUUGGUGAGAAGGUGACAACAGUUGGUGCGAUUAUUCGCAAAUGGAAGAAACACAAAAUAACUGUCAAUCUCCCUCGGCCUGGGGCGCCAUGCAAGAUCUCACCUCGUGGAGUUGCAAUGAUCAUGAGAAAGGUGAGGAAUCAGCCCAGAAGUACACGGGAGGAUCUUGUCAAUGAUCUCAAGGCAGCUGGGACCAUAGUCACCAAGAAAACAAUUGGUAACACACUACGCCGUGAAGGACUGAAAUCCUGCAGCACCCGCAAGGUCCCCCUGCUCAAGAAAGCACUAUACAGGGCCGUCUGAAGUUUGCCAAUGAACAUCUGAAUGAUUCAGAGGAGAACUGGGUGAAUGUGUUGUGGUCAGAUGAGACCAAAAUUGAGCUCUUUGGCAUCAACUCAACUCGCUGUGCUUGGAGGAGAAGGAAUGCUGCCUAUGACCCCAAGAACACCAUCCCCACCGUCAAACAUGGAGGUGGGAACAUUAUGCUUUGGGGGUGUUUAUCUGCUAAGGGGACAGGACAACUUCACCGCAUCAAAGGGACGAUGGACGGGGCCAUGUACCGUCACAUCUUGGGUGAGAACCUCCUUCCCUCAGCCAGGGCAUUGAAAAUGGGUCGUGGAUGGGUAUUCCAGCAUGACAAUGACCCAAAACACACGGCCAAGGCAACAAAGGAGUGGCUCAAGAAGAAGCACAUUAAAGUCCUGGAGUGGCCUAGCCAGUCUCCAGACCUUAAUCCCAUAGAAAAUCUGUGGAGGGAGCUGAAGGUUUGAGUUGCCAAACGUCAGCCUCGAAACCUUAAUGACUUGGAGAAGAUCUGCAAAGAGGAGUGGAACAAAAUCCCUCCUGAGAUGUGUGCAAACCUGGUGGCCAACUACAAGAAACGUCUGACCUCUGUGAUUGCCAACAAGGGUUUUGCCACCAAGUACUAAGUCAUGUGCAGAGGGGUCAAAUACUUAUUUCCCUCAUUAAAAUGCAAAUCAAUUUAUAACAUUUUUGACAUGCGUUUUUCUGGAUUUUGUUGUUGUUAUUCUGUCUCUCACUGUUCAAAUAAACCUACCAUUAAAAUUAUAGACUGAUCAUGUCUUUGUCAUUGGGCAAACGUACAAAAUCAGCAGGGGAUCAAAUACUUUUUUCGCUCACAGUAUGUACUUUCAGUUGAUUUGGGAAUCCAAUGUAUGGGACAUUGCAACUCAAUAGAUGCUAGUCAGCCUGCAAAGUAAACACUAAGGUAGCUAAGAUAAAUAUGACUUAACUAGAAGAAAAAUGGUGGUCUUGCUUCAGCUGAAUAAAGUGAUUUGUAGCCAACCAUAGCCAUUUGAUUUUUGAUAUAUUGAAUGAGCGAAUUAUUUCAAAAGGCAUAAAAUGUAUUUGGUUGUAAUGUUGCAAUGUUAUACAUCAAGGGUGGUCAACCAUCCUCCAGGAGAGUUAAUGGGUGUGCAGGCUUUUAUUUCAGUCCCCCUCUAACAAACCACAUUUUAGAAAUUUGCUGCUCAACCAGACCUUGAUAAACUGGCUCUGAUGUGUUUGAGCAGGGCUUGAUCAAAAGCCUGCACAUCCAGUAGCUCUCCAGACUGAGGGUUGACUAAAUGUGUUUUAGACAGUUGCCUAACAGGCAUUCUGCUUUGUGGGGCGUUAAGUGCCUUGCACAACGACAGGAGAUGGUACAUGGGAUCAGAGAGCAUCCCUACCAGUGUCGAUAUGCUUACUUUUUUUUAUACUUGCAUAGAGACGCUGCCAAUUGUUGGUCAUGGAAUUUUGGUUAAAAGUGAUGGAGAAGUCAAGAAAUUCCAUCUGUCAAAAUGUGUAUGAACCCUGGAUUUAGAAAGAGCUGGAUUUGUAAAGUGGAUUUACUUUCACUAUUCUAAUGCCAUGUGUCCCUCUUCUGUUCCUCUAGGUGUCCAUCAUCCCCAGAGGGAAGGGGUUAGGCUACGCCCAGUACCUUCCCAGGGAGCAGUACCUGUACACGCGGGAACAGCUGUUUGACAGGAUGUGUAUGAUGCUGGGAGGGCGUGUGGCUGAACAGGUCUUCUUUGGGAAGAUCACCACAGGAGCUCAGGACGACCUGAAGAAGGUCACCCAGUCAGCCUACGCACAGGUACUGUACUGCAGGGAUCAUGAACUAGAUAUACAUUUUUUGGGAGCGGAUGGUCAGGGGGCUGGAACCUAAUUACAUAUAAUUUGUAAACUGCAAAUUGACCGCAAGAAGCCCAAACAGAGCUGAUUUCCUGGUGUUUUUACAGUCUUUUAUGUCCAACAAUGAAAAUUCCUCACACAAAAAAAUGUAUCUGGAUUUUGCCUAUCGAAUAGGAUUAAAUGCAUAGAAAUACAAUAAAUAAAACAGGAGUCCCCAUUUAAGUCAAUGAUUUGUCUGUUCUAUUCAUUCUAUUUCUAUGUGUUUAAUCCUAUCCGAUAGGUGAAAUCUAGAUAGAUCACUUUUGAAAAACUGGGCCCAGAGCUUUUAAAAUGAAUCCCCAGAUACAGUCAGAAAAAAAGCAAUGGUAAAAAAAAAAAGCAAUGGUUACGAUUCAACAAUGUUGAUAGGAAUUUGUUUUGGGAAGUGUUACUGUUUAUUAUGUCAUAGUACCUGUUGUAUUUAUGAUCCCCCACAUCACUUCCGGCCUCAAGAUAGUGCAGUUCGGGAUGAGUGAGAAGGUGGGCCAGGUGUCGUUUGACCUGCCUCGGCAGGGGGAGAUGGUGAUGGAGAAGCCUUACAGCGAAGCCACGGCAGAGCUCAUAGACCAGGAGGUCAGAGACCUGGUGGACAGCGCCUACCAGAGGACCAUGGAGCUCAUUAUGGACAAGAGGGAGUGUGUGGACAUGGUGAGAAUUGCAUUGACCUACAUGAACAUCACGUAGUCCCAAGGUUUUCAGAGUACUUUUCAUGCUGUCUUAUCAAGGGUACACCCAUCUACAUUCUGUUUUCUUGCUGAGCUAAAACAUAAACCUAGUAGUCCCUAGAGCUGCUAUCUGGCUCUUACCCAUGUCCAUCCUGAAGUGUGAUGAAUGUCACUGAGCUCACUGCGACAUCAUUGUUCUUCUAUCCUCUUCCUAGGUGGGGAAGCGUCUCCUAGAGAAGGAGGUCCUGAACAAGGCGGACAUGCUAGAGCUGCUGGGGCCGCGGCCGUUUGAGGAGAAGUCGACAUAUGAGGAGUUUGUGGAGGGGACGGGCAGUUUUGAAGAGGACACCAGCCUGCCAGAGGGCCUGAAGGAUUGGAACCAGGAGAAAGGGGACGCAUCUGAGGAGCUGUCCCCAGUUAAGGAGAAACUGGCCCAAUAG